AUGCCUCCAGCAUCAGCAACACAAGGAAUAAACCCUAAUCCAGACAGAGGGUUGGGCAUAAGUUUCCUGCUGGGAACUGAGUAUGAAAGGAAGAAACAGAAACUUCAGCAGGAGCUUCAGCUGGACUACAAACACUAUGUUGCCAAGAAAAAUGAUCUGAAAAGUGGUGAACCUCAUCCACAACCACAGGGUCUCUCUCUACGUAUUGAUGACAAGAUAGCAGCUAAGGAAAAACUGAGGGCUGAGAGAAAUAAGGAAUACAACCUCUUCCUCCAAGAAAAAGCGCAAAUUAGAAGGUUAAAGAGGGGAACAUCUCCUGUCACUUCUAAGUCUGGACAAGUUCAAGCUUCAGAUGCUGUACGCAUUUCAUCUCCAGCUUCUCCUCUGCCCAUCCUCAACACGCACAAUAGCAUACCCCUUCCUUACAGAGAGCGCCCUGCAUCCAGAAGAGAUGCUGCCACUCUGACGGAGGCAGUGGGUAAUGGAAAAAGCACAGAGACUUGGGAUCAAGGCCAUCGGGGGCGAAGGCGUUGGCAGCUCUAUGGACCAAAAGAACCCUGUAGCUCUGAUGAGGAGCUUAUCACAGACAAAGAGGAGGAGCUGGAGUUCAGAUACAGGAGGCGAAAGGACCGACACACUCCAGAGCCUGAGGACAAAGAGGAGAGGAGAACCAGACAACACAGAGCUAACAGCCAGCAAAUGCCAGACAGCACGAGGAUGGCUGCAAGAUCUAGACCUGCUACCAGCAAGAAUAAAGCUGAGUUUUCUACAGGACUACUAAUUGGGGCAACAGAAGAGCAGGCGGCCUCUCAGAUGAGGAAAGAACUGUAUAAGCAGGAGCUUCUGAAACAGAUUGCCGAACAGCAGAUAAACAAGAUAAGGGAGAAGAAACUUGAGCUGAGAGUUGCAGCCACUGGAGCCACAGACCCUGAAAAAAAGCCUGACCGGAUUAUGCAGUUCGGAGCUGUAAAUCGGCAAUAUGACAGCUGGAGGCGAGAUGUUCCCUACAAGCCCGGAAUAGACGUGGAGGCCGUAGGGAAGGACUCAGAUCCAAGGCCUAUAGAUAACAAACCCACCGAAAAUGCAGAGAAGAAAGCCCCCCCAGGAAAGUCCCAGGUGGACUACAGCACAGCUCUUGGUCAGCUGGCAGGAAACACAGUGCCUGGGUUUGGGAUGGGAGCAGCACAAGGUGUCUCCUCACUGGACUGCUUUAAUGAGGACUACCACAAGGACUUCUCAAACAUGCUCGGGGAAGUGACCAUUCCAAGGGUUGCUCAUGUUCCUCCUCCAAUACCUCCCACUGUAACUGAUGAUUACAAGACUCCAUAUGAUGCAGCCUAUUAUUACUAUGGAACAAGACAUCCACUGGAUUCUAAUCUUCCUCACUAUCAAAAUGUUCUGCCUGGACGGGUGCAGCAGUCUGGGAAUCUCCAGAGUCCUCCUGGGAAACCUCCUCUCGGACCCAGUCGCCACACUGAAGCAACUGAUCAGCAUAGAGCCUCUCCCCUAGGUGUUGGAGAGCUUCCGACAGACAAGUCUAAGCAGAGGAGAGAGAGUGCACUGAGCUACCAGGAAGCACUGAGGCAGCAGAUCAAAGAAAGAGAGGAGCGUAGAAGGAGAGAAAAAGAAGAAAAGGAGCGAUAUGAUGCCAAGAUAGAGGCCGAGAUGAUGGCGUACAACCCCUGGGGGCGAAGUGGUGGAGGCGCCCCGAUUAAAGACCCAAAAGGCAACCUUUUUAGUGACCUGAAUCAAAUGCACAGGAUCAAUGAGGAGUCAUAUAGGAAUCCUGUAUUUAAGAACAGAGAACAGAUACAAAACUUUUUGACGAGGAAUGGAGACACUCCUGCAGUUGAAGCCAGGGCUCCCGCCUCCCAUCGAGGUUUCAGCGAUCAGCCAACUCCACAGCAGCUCCACAUGCAGGACACAUACAAAGAAGCCCUGAAACAACAGAUAGAGGAAAACAAAAGAAGGCAGGCAGAGGAGAGAGAACGUAUGAGGAUUGAGGAGAAGAAAGAAGACAGGAGGCUGGCGGAGCAAAGGACUCGUAUACAACAGGAAUAUGAGGAGGAGCAAAGGAAGCAAAAGAAGAUUGAGCAUAGGCUGGAGAACCAGAGUUGGAUCAAUGAACCUAAAACAAAUCGCCAGGAGGAGGAAAAGAAGGUGAGGCAGGAACAAGAGACUGAGAAGAAGGUACCAGAGAGCACCAGGGACAGAGAAGAAAGAAAGACGCAGUUGAGUUAUGAGAGAGAGCCAUCUCCUCCUGUCCCAGCCUUGCAGAAGAAGCAGAGAAAUCUUGUGGCAUCCAGACCUCCCUCUGUUGUGAGCCAACUCUCCUCCAGGACUGUGACUCACUCAGAACGGUCUGUGUCAGCACCACACUACCGACCAGAUCCUGUGAAAAUAACCCAGCCACAAGAUGGUCACCAGGAAGUGAUCAGAGAGCUGUCAGCCCUUCGUAGGUACCUGAGGAAAGAGCAGAGACAACUGGAGGUUCAGCUGGGCCAAACAGAUCGACAGGAGAGUCACUACACUCCCCCCAGCAGGCCCAGAAGACGUCCCAGAGUGGAUGCCUUUGAAUCAGCGCACAAGCAAGCUGACCAGCCGUCAACUGCGACAGCGUUCUCUGAUGCAGCACGUGUUAACAUGCAAAACAUCCGGGAGUUCAACCAGCUGAAACACAGGGACACAGCAUCCCGCGAAGAGGUCCUUCACAUGUACCCUGACCCUCCCACUGAUGCACAAAGUCUGGAUAUCCAGCAGCAGGCACUUCUACGUGAACAACAACGCAAAAUCAGGCUUAUGAAGAGAGAAGAGCCUGACUUUUUGGACAAGCAACUGAGGCAUUAUUAUCCAAGGAACAAACCUGGGCGCUUCAUCCACAGAGACUCCAUAUUGCCGUCUGAGACUGCUUUUAUUGUUGUGAAGAGGUGUAUGUGUAAUGAUGAAUGGCUUUGGGCUUUGUCAGAUGUUUACAGUGGGGAUGGACGUGAAGAGCGGGUUCAUCAGCAGAGAUCCCACCAGCCCUCAGCAGAGCACCGGGAGACUACAGCCCCACAGAGGAACCAUGACCAUGAUAUUUCUGUGAACCAGGGGGAGCAAGACAUCCAGCCAGACACUGAGUCUCUGCAGUCAUCAACCAGUGUGAGCAGUGAGGCUAAGGUCAAACCCCACAACCAGCACUGCACCAGGAGACGAGACUCAUACGCCCGUGAACAUAGCAGCAAAUUAGAGAGGCAGUCUGAUGAUGAAGGGGAUGUCUUGUCUCUGCAAUCUGCCCUGGAGAGGCGUGUCUCCGUGGAGACUGUUGCCACAGAGCCCUGGCUGCGGCCUGGCACCUCAGCUGCUGUAAAACGCUCAGCUUGUAGAGAGAGGCCAAGCAGCAGGAUGGAUGCUCCACCCUGGCUCACACACCGCGUCACAUAGCUCUCGUUGGCUGAAUUUCCCAAAGGUGGGAAACUGCACGGCGUGAGGCCUGCCAGCCUAGCUCCCUGUAGAUCCAGGUGGUGGUUGAGAAGGAAUAUCCUUCUGAAUAUCAUGCUGUGUGAUGCUUAACUCACUGUAUUUUGCAGUGGUAGAUUUUGGUUAGAAAAGCUUCUAAUAUGUG